GAUUUUAUUCAAGACUGUCCAUCGGGUUACAUGACAAAAGAAGAAUUUAAACACAUAUAUGGACAGUUUUUUCCAUCAGGGGAUCCAACUCGGUUUGUUGACUACGUUUUCAAUGUCUUCGAUAUCGAUAAGAAUGGGGUAAUAACAUUCAAAGAAUUCAUCCUAGCAAUUUCUAUUACUACUAGAGGAACUAUAGAAGAAAAACUAAAUUGGGCCUUCAGUCUGUACGAUUUCGACAGUGACGGCUACGUGACGCGUGAUGAAAUGUACGAUAUAGUCAAAGCCAUCCACAGGAUGCACGGUAAAGAGGGUGACACAGCUGAAAGGGACGCAGCUGAACAGAGGGUGGAUCAGCUCUUCACGAAGUUGGACACGGACGGUGACGGGAAGUUGAGCAGAGAUGAGUUCUGCAAGGGCUUCAAGAACGACACAUGGAUCAUCAAGGCCUUAUUAUUGCGCUCUCCACUGGCCGCCCAGUCGACAACUUCUCUGUCCAUCCCCACAAGUGACGAAGAUGCCGGGAGGCGGUCCUCCACCUGCAAAGCCUCCGUCGGAAACGGACUCCAUUAGUGUGCACCACACUGACUUUUCGCCGACAACGAAUAUCACGAAGAAAGGAGACUUUCGAUUUGUUUUAGUUGAUGAAGAUCGUGCGUUUUAUGGGAACUGUAAAAUUGUGUUGUAACACACAGAGUGUUUGUC